AAAAGUUUUGAUAAUUAUAUUUACACGACGAUCUCAAGAUUUGUUCACUGGCUUCAAUUCUGGAAUCAAUACGGGACUAGCAUCAAUAUAUCUAAGCGAAAUUGCUCCAAUGAAUUUGCGUGGUGCGAUAGGAUAUAUGCCCAAUGUCUUCCGGAUGCUUUCUAUUCGCGUUGGUUGUUGGCCUGCUUUUACGUUGGGAGAUGAGGAAACUUGGCAUUUACUAUUUCUACUUUCUUACAUACCUAUAAGUGUUCAAUUAACUUUGUUGGGUUUCUUCUGUCCACCCAAAAACUCUUACAUUGUCUAUGGAAAUUUUAUGGAAGCUGUAUGUACAUGUAUUCCUGCUUCGCGAACUUCGACACUCCAAUCUUCCAACACUACAACUCGAUAUUUUUACGGCAACCAUCAUCAUAGAAUAUACAAUAAAAAUAUGUCGCAUCGUCCCUUCCAAAUAGUGGAGUUUGUUGGUCAAAUCGGCCAUCGAGACGUAAUUGUUUCCAUUCCUCAUAUCUCUGACGGUUUGGGAAGGUAAUGUGAUGGCGGUAACGUACACGAACACGGACCAUUUAAAUUGAUAAAAUAAAU